UUAAAAUCAAUUUGUAUAACUUCAGCCUAGAAUGGAUUGAGAUAUAGAACUCAAAAAUUUGAAAGGAGCAUAACAAUUAUUUAACCCCGUAGAGAAAUUUGAAACGUAUUAAGAAAACAAGAAAAACCCUAGGCGACAGUCUCGCGUAUGCGAGUUGUUUCUCUCGCGCAUGCGAGCUUUUUUCUUAAUUUCAUGGCUAAAUUUCGACAACUCCCUUCGCACAUGAUGGGAGAAGGCUGCCGAUUGAGAACGCUGGAAUAUGUGGGUGAUCGAUGGAUGUUUGAAGGGAAAGGGGAAGGCUUGGUUCUUGGCGGACAAAGAGGAAUUCUGGGCGACGGUGAUGUAAGCUUUCGACUGGUUUUGGUUGGCACCUUCCUCAUGGAAGAGCCCCGCCGCGCCUAUAUGAUGAAGAUCAGGGACAAGGCCAAGGCCGGCGGAUCGCGGCUGGACGGGGUUGAGGUAGACCUGACGCAAAAGGACAAUUUCCAAGAGUAGAUCACCGGCAAGCAAAAGAACGAGGACGUAUUGGUGAUUGAUGAUGAUGAAAAAGAGGCGGCCAAGUCGGAGGAGAAACGCUUUGGUGCGUCAAUAAUCGUAGCGAUGGUUCGGCCUCCUCCAGAAACACCGCCAAGGGUUGAACGAGGUGUUAGGGUUCAAGAAAUGUAUUUAGCUUGGUUUGUUUUCUUCAUGUUUUGUUUCGAACAUCAUGUCUUUUUGUUUGUUUCUGCUAUUAUUCUUUUUAAGACUCUAGAACAUAAGUAAGGUGAUGAGGAGUCUAGAUUGCCAGUCAUUGGCUCAGGUAAGCCCAAUUCAGGAUAAGCGAAUCUGGUUGCUUCAUUUGAGGUGGCAUGUUCUAAAUCUGGUUCAAGGGCGGACGGUAGACAUUGGGCUCUUUGUCUGUUUGUAUCCAAUUUAUGUUCUCUCUUAUUAAUAUAAGCCCACUUCUUCCAAAAAAACCCG